AUGUUUGCUACCGUCUGGGUUAUUUUCGGCGACGGCUCCUGUGCUUACAGUCUGUCCGAGUGGGACACAAUGACUAGGCAUCGCGCGCCCGCCAUCGCUUUAAUUGGCAACGAUGCGGCCUGGUCGCAAAUAGCACGCGACCAGGUUAACUUCUUCGGCUCUAAUGUAGCUUGCGAACUGCGUUAUUUGGCUUAUGAGACAGUCGGUUCUUCUUACUCUGGCUUUAAUAGCCACUUAUGA